AUGUCGAGUCCAGAAGAAUUGACAUACAGAAAAUACCCUGCUAAGCUUCAUUGCGAGAAUGUGAAAAAAAAUUUAUUAUCGAAAACGAGCCUUGAUCCAUCAACGAUUGUUAUAUUUUUAAGUGGUGAAGGCUCAAAAUUAUAUCCCCAUUCUGAUCAAGAACAAGUAUUUAGACAAGAUAGAGAUUUUUUCUAUUUAUCUGGGUGCAAUAUUCCUAAUUCCCAUCUAAUUUACGACGUUCAAUCCUCAAAAUUAUCUUUGUUUUUGCCCAAUAUCGAUAAUGACGAUGUUAUGUGGUCUGGUAUGCCCUUGCUACCUGAACAGGCUUUACAGAAAUUUGAUGUUGACGACGUUCAUUACACAAACAAACUAUAUGAUUAUUUUCAUAAUUUAAACAAAAAUCAUAAAAUAGCUAUCACUAAUUAUAGAUCUGAGUGGAAUAACCCUUACAAGUACUUUUUCUUAAAGCAAUCUGAUGAUGAUCUAAAUUAUGCCUUAUCUGAAUCAAGAUUGAUCAAAGAUGAUUAUGAAAUCUCCUUGAUGAAAAUUGCUGCAAAAAUCACCGACAACUCUCAUUUAGCUGUGAUGUCUGCUUUACCAAUUGAAAAAAAUGAAACUCAUAUUCACGCAGAGUUCAUUUAUCACUCAAUUAGACAAGGCUCAAAAUUUCAAGCUUACGAUCCAAUAUGUUGCUCUGGUCCAAAUUGUGGCACUUUACAUUAUAUUAAAAACGACGAUACUUUAUCCAACAAAAAUUCAGUUUUAAUUGAUGCCGGUGCUGAAUGGCAAAAUUACGCUGCUGAUGUUACAAGAUGUUUCCCAAUUAAUGGAAUAUGGUCAAAAGAACAUCGUCAAAUUUAUGAUAUCGUUUUGAAAAUGCAAAAAACUGUUUUAAAACAAAUAAAACCUGGUGUAUUAUGGGACGAUUUACACCUAUUAGCUCAUAGAGUAUUGAUUGAUAGUUUCUUAAAAUUGGGUAUAUUCAAAAAAAAAUUCUCUUCUCAAGAAAUUUUUGAUUCAAAUGCCUCAGUUUGUUUUUUUCCUCAUGGCCUAGGUCAUUUAUUAGGUCUUUCUACUCAUGAUGUAGGUGGCAAUCCCAACUAUCAGGAUCCUGACCCAAAAUUACGUUAUUUAAGAUUACGAAGAAAAUUGCUAGCUGGAAUGGUAGUGACUGAUGAACCAGGGAUUUACUUUUCUCCAUUUUUAAUUGAUAAUGCUCUAAAAGAUGAAAAAAUCGCGCAGAAAAUUGAUCAGUCUGUUCUAGAAAAUUAUUAUUAUAUUGGUGGUGUAAGAAUUGAAGACGAUAUCUUAGUCACAGAAAAUGGCCAUGAAAAUUUAACAGGAAUUACAAGUGAUCCCGAUGAAAUUUCCAAAAUCGUCACAGAUGGCAUCAAUAAAGGUAGAGAUCAUUUUCAUUGCAUUGUCUAG